AUGAAGGCUUUGGUGGGAAUAACUCCAAGUGGUGCCACAGCAUUUAUUAGUGAGCUAUACCUUGGCAGUAUUUCUGACAAGAAAAUAACUGUGAAAAGUGGACUUCUUAACCACCUUCAGCAGGAUGUUGAAGUCAUGGCAGACAAGGGGUUUUUAAUUCAGGAUGAACUGGCCUCUGUAGGGGCUGUCUUAACAAUGCCAGCAUUUCUGAAGGAGAGAAAACAAUUUCAAUUUUCUAAGGAAGAAGCUGCAAAGAACAAGAAAGUUGCCUGUCUCAGAGUUCAUGUAGAGAGAUGCAUGGAGAGAAUAAAGAAUUGCGCAUGCACUCAUUGGGGUCUUGACAAAGUGCAAGCCAGCGAGCCAUGCGAGCCAUGUGAGCCAGUGAGUCAACCAUGCGAGGACGACGUCAUUGAAAUGGUGGAAUCCUACUUGAUGGAGAAUCAAGAGAUGCCAUGUGACAACAAGGAUAGAACACUGCAAAACCAGGAUCUCCUGCAGUUUUUGUCGGACGCUGAUUUUCCCCAGAUUGGAAAACAGCCAAGUCCUUGGCAAGACUGUGUGAAAGCAUUAAAGGACAAAAUGACAAAUCACGAGGUUAUCAGAGCAAUGGCAACAAUAUUCUCUCUAAAUAUCAAUGUGAUUGAUUGGAAUGGUAGAAUGACUUCUGUAAAACCCUUCAGUGGCUCUGUUGGAAAUCAAGAUAUUCAUCUGGCCUAUACAGGUUCUCAUUAUAUGCUGCUUACAACCAAAGCGAGCAUUAGUGCAGUCAAAUCCCCUGAGAGGCAUAAGGGAGCCAAACCUUUUUUUCAUUCUGGUCCAGAGGAAUAUAAUCCUGGAAUUAGUAUUUUCAAGGGAAAGCCUUUGAAGCCUGAAGUCUCUGUAAUCAUCCUUAGCUCGGAUGAUGAAGUCAAGUCCUCUGAACGUAUGGAAACUGGAUCUCAGGACUGUAUACAGCUCAGAUUGGAGUGA